AUGGCAGGAGUGGAUGUAGCAGAUAGCCAUGCCUGUCUGAUUCCCAGUAAGUUACCUCUUAUAAAAGAGGCUCAGGAUCUAGAUUUCAAAGAGUCAGAGAAGCCAGGAAUCUUCAUCCCAGCCCUGUAUCUACAGCCGGUCACCCACCAGAAGAUGAAGGUUAGCCUGGUUGCCCUGGCAUUCCUCCUCGCCAUUGCCACCCUCCACUCGGAAGCCCAAGAACUACCAAAAAAACAGGUUUCCUGCUGUUUAGCCUUCAUCUCUCGGAAAAUUCAACUCCGUCACUUGAGAAGUUACGAAUGGACGAGUGACCAGUGCUCCAUGCCAGGCGUCAUCUUCCUUACUAAAAAGGGGCGACAGAUCUGUGCUGACCCCAGAGAUGCCUGGGUGAAGGAAACUAUCAGAAACCUGGAUUCUAAGUCACAGUUAUCUGGGAGCGGUGCAACCACUACAACCCAGGGAAUAUAAGAAGAGGCUACAGCACCACCCCUAGCCCUCUCCAGUCAACUCUCUCAGCUCCAGAUAGUCCCCGAGAGUUACCUUGGCCUAAAUCAAAGUCCUUUCUUGCUUUUCUGUGCUCUCCUAACCUGACAGAUUCUGUUUGCUCCUGGGACUUUGCCAUAACAGUAUAUUCCCUGGGGCCUAAGGACAACCUAGAUUGCAUCUGCCUUCCCAUUGCAGGGACCCUGCUGAAAUAAAAAUGUGCUAUGGGCAAAACUUUGUGGUGGAUAUGGUAUGGAACUAUACUGUGUAAUCCUACAAUAUUAUAAAUGACUAAUGAUCACCAAAAAUGGCUUAAAAUAAAAUUGUGCUAUGAAAGGGA